AUGAGUGGAAAUAUGUCGGCGAUAGCGGCAGAUUCGUUUCCAAAUAUUUAUCUCCCACGUGUUGUCCUCGACAAAAUCGAUAUUCCUGAGAACAGUAUUAUAAUAUCAACAAUUAUUGAAGACCCUUCAUUGUCCGAUGGUUCGACAGCGCAAUCAUCGGAUUUUAACGACAAUCGUUACAACGAGGUAGAUUCAGAGGUCGAAGUAAGUUAUAGGAUUCACAGCAUCGAGUACAUUUGUCAAGAUUGUUACAAAUCAUUUAAUACAGCGGAACUCCAUAAAAAACAUGUCUUGACUUGUCACACUGAAGGAAAUCGUCUAUUGAAUAUUCCGAUUGAAUAUUUGCCAUUUGUCCGUCUUAAUAGAAUAGAUAUACCUGAUAAAAAAACAAAAACAGAGAUUGACACAGAGUCUCACAAAGAAUCAAAGACUCAUAAAUCUGAAAUCAAUUCUAAGGGUAAAAAUAAAUUUAAUUUAACAAAAAAAAAAGAAAAACAUGGUCCUGCUUCAAGAAAAAUAUACCAAUGUGAAAAAUGUGGCUAUGUAUUCAACAAAAAAUACAACUUACAGCAACACAUCCUUCUACAUACUGGUAAAAGACCUCAUCAGUGUCCUCAUUGCCCGUCAGCUUUUCGGAAUCCGAGCAAUUUAAAAUCUCAUAUCAAGAGUAUCCACACCAAUGAGCGACCUCAUAAAUGUCCUUACUGUCCACGUGCUUUUGUAAUUUCUAAUAAUUUAAAAAGUCAUAUAGCGAGUAUUCAUUCUAAAAAACGUCCUUUUAAAUGCAACGACUGCAAUGCCAAGUUUAGUCGAUCACGUCAAUUGAAAGAUCACAAAUUCAAGUGUCAUCAGAUUCGAACUUCUGACAAUAAAAAAUUAAAGUGCCUUUAUUGCCAUCUCGGAUUUACUGAACAGUAUUACCUGACUGCCCAUCUGAAUACUCACAGGCACGGAAAAGAUUGGAAGUGUAAUCAAUGCUCUUACAUGACAAAUUAUUCGAGCUCAUUGAAAAAACACAUAAGUGAACACUUUAACUGA